AUGUGCCCUUACAUAACUGUCGUGUGCCCUUACAUAACUGUCGUGUGCCCUUACAUACCUGUCAUGUGCCCUUACAUAACUGUCGUGUGCCCUUACAUAACUGUCAUGUUCCCUUACAUAACUGUCAUGUUCCCUUACAUAACUGUCGUGUGCCCUUACAUAACUGUCAUGUGCCCUUACAUAACUGUCAUGUUCCCUUACAUAACUGUCAUGUUCCCUUACAUAACUGUCGUGUGCCCUUACAUAACUGUCGUGUGCCCUUACAUAACUGUCAUGUUCCCUUACAUAACUGUCGUGUGCCCUUACAUAACUGUCAUGUGCCCUUACAUAACUGUCGUGUUCCCUUACAUAACUGUCGUGUGCCCUUACAUAACUGUCAUGUUCCCUUACAUAACUGUCGUGUGCCCUUACAUAACUGUCAUGUUCCCUUACAUAACUGUCAUGUUCCCUUACAUAACUGUCGUGUGCCCUUACAUAACUGUCAUGUUCCCUUACAUAACUGUCAUGUUCCCUUACAUAACUGUCGUGUGCCCUUACAUAACUGUCGUGUGCCCUUACAUAACUGUCAUGUUCCCUUACAUAACUGUCAUGUUCCCUUACAUAACUGUCGUGUGCCCUUACAUAACUGUCAUGUGCCCUUACAUAACUGUCAUGUUCCCUUACAUAACUGUCGUGUGCCCUCACAUACCUGUCAUGUGCCCUCACAUACUGUCAUGUGCCCUUACAUAA